GAGAGUGGAAAAUAGAAAUAGAAAUAGGAGAAAAGGGAAAACUGUUAAUGUUUGUCCCGGGUCUCAAAAAAGCCAUCUCACCGCUGUGUCGCAGUUUCGUAGCGAAACCCUAGGCUUAGAGAACCAAAGAGAAGAGAAGAUGCUGAGGACAGCUGGGAGGAGAGCUUCGCCUCUCUCGCGUUGGCCCCUGCGCUCCGCUGCUCCAUCUUCUUCGUCCGCCUUCAUCUCUCCAAACCAUGAUGAUGAUGCCUCUUCCCUCAGAUCCAUUUCUCCUUCCCUCGCUUCUAUUUUCCUCCAACAUACCAGAGGGUUUUCAUCUAAUUCAGUUUCUCCUGCAUAUGAGAUGGGUUUAGUCCCAGAUCUCCCACCCACAGUGGCUGCUAUUAAGAAUCCCACAUCAAAAAUUGUUUAUGAUGAGCACAACCAUGAGCGUUAUCCACCUGGUGAUCCAAGCAAACGUGCAUUUGCUUACUUUGUCUUGACAGGAGGCAGGUUUGUCUAUGCCUCAUUGGUGCGUCUCCUGAUUCUUAAGUUUGUACUGAGCAUGUCUGCCAGUAAGGAUGUUCUUGCCCUUGCUUCCCUUGAAGUGGAUCUUUCCAGCAUUGAGCCUGGUACAACUGUUACCGUGAAGUGGCGUGGUAAACCUGUUUUCAUCAGGCGCCGAACUGAGGAUGACGUCAGUUUGGCAAACAGUGUUGAUCUUGGCUCCCUUCGCGAUCCACAACAAGAUGCAGAGAGGGUUAAGAAUCCAGAAUGGCUUGUGGUUGUUGGGGUAUGCACCCAUCUUGGGUGCAUUCCUUUGCCAAAUGCUGGUGAUUUUGGUGGUUGGUUUUGCCCCUGCCACGGCUCCCAUUAUGACAUCUCUGGUAGAAUACGCAAGGGACCUGCGCCAUAUAAUCUGGAGGUGCCUACUUAUAGUUUCCUGGACGAGAACAAGCUACUUAUUGGUUAAUAAAGUAGGUAAAGAGUUGUACUUGUGGGCAAUUUGUAGCUGCUGGAACUAAAUUAUGAUCUUGACGAAAACCAUACACACACUUUAUUUCCUUAUGUUUAACUUUGUGAGUUUUAUAAUUUUGGAUUUGUACUUGCCCAUCAGUUUUGGGUAGAUCAUCAAUUUUUGAGCAAAUAAUUUUGCUGGCUGCCUGCUAAGCUUUUUCCA